AUGCCGGUUCACAAGUCUCCUGUGGCCAAUAAGUUUGGAGUAAUAUCUUCCACUUAUCAUGAAGAACUCUUGAAAUCUAAUUCUCAAAGUGCAAACAGAAAGAAGGGUCAGAAAUCAAGGCCGUCAUUUUCAAUCACCGAAGAGUUCAUACUGAAAUUCAACCACACACGGAAUCCAGUAGAGCAGGAAGAACUGCUGGAACAAGCUAGAAGACUCCUUCUCAGGUGUAAGAGAAAGUUGGGUCUCAAGACGCUGGGCACCGGGAAGCACGUGCACCUUCCGACUGCGUGGGCAGAGGUCAUCUACCUGGCUCAGUGCAAAGGGGAGAUCCAGGAUGAAGCUUUAAACAUGCUCCACGCCUCCUUGGACCACGUUCCUUUCGAUUACGAUCAGCUGCCUGCCCUGUUUUUCCUGGCGGAAUCAGUUCUAUAUCGACUCUGUUGUGAUGCAUUCAUGAAGGGAUUUUUAUAUUCCGUUGAAAUAAAGCUGGUGAAGAUUGGCUAUUUGAUCUUCUUACGGCUUUUUGUAUUUUUCCUGCAUGGCCACCUAGAAAGUUUUAAACAACAUUUACUUAGGCUGCAGCCAUAUUUAUACGCACUUUAUUUCUCUGAAGCAUCCUACUGUAAGUAUCCAAACAUCUUCACAAAUGUGCAGUUCAUUCUGAAAACGUCAGAAAUCAUCUGUAAUAGAGAACUCCAUUCUGAAACAGUUGUGGGAAAUAAAGGUGGCGUGAAGGGCGCAGAUUCUGAUUUGACACAUUUGAAGUUGAAUGAGGGGGGCUAUGAAGUCAACCACCUGCUCUGGCAUUGCGUGGCUGCCUGGUCCUGUGUUCAGAACAAUAGUCCUCAGCUGAAUACAGUGCUUGAGCAUCUCCUCUUCCACAGAACGCAGCUUCAGAUGAAAUGCUGGUUGGAUUCAACACUGGCUUUGCUGGUCCUGGGGGAGGCUGCUAAGUUGAACAUGGCCUGUUUGAAAGCACUGAUGGAUGUUGUGAGAGAUUUCCUUUUGGGCAUCGUGUCUGUUCAGAACCAGGAAGAGAACAGUAAGGUGUAUGAUCUUUCCUGGGCAUCAGGCAUUAUCUUCAUAUACACAACAAUUCUUUCGGAAGUGUGUUUGUACGCAGCUACCUCCUAUCUGAGGAAAACAGCUUUAAUUGGGUUCUGUGACUGCUCAACUCCACAGGAGGAGGUUUUGCUCAUGGACAAGUCAGAAGAGCAUCCCGAAUUAGAGGGAACAAACAUUCUAAGUCUUUUGAAAUAUUUUUGUUCUAAGAUCUCUGCUAAUUGUGCCAAGGUGGUCUGGAUUGGAUACUACGGCAUAGUGUAUAACUUGGUGAAGAUGUCAUGGGAGCUUCAGGGUGAUGAGGAACAGGAUGGACUUAGAAACUUGAUAUGGCAAACAUUGCAAAAGAUAAAGGAUUAUGAGCAAGACCCACGAAUCCAAAGUGCACUAACUAUAGCUCAGGCUGAAAUAAACAACCCAGUCGACCCUUUUACUAGAUACAGCACAAAAGUUGCACCAAGCCUAGGCGAAGAAGUUUUCUCUAAGUACGUUGGGUGGAGGAUCGCCAAUACGCUCUCCAAGCUCUUCUUCCCUUCUCUUGAUGCCCGUGCCCUCCCUUCAAAGAAGUCAGCAGAAACUGAUCUGCAAAGAAAAUACGUGGUCAAAACACAGCAACCCACAAAGCACAGAGUUCUACAUUUUGUUGUAAAGGACCAUUCUUCUGUACUAGAAGUUUCCAUGUUUCCAUAUCCAGAUUUCUUCACCAAGGCAGAUAAGAAAUUGGCAGAAAUCGUUGACCAUCAUUGGCAAAAAGAAAUGGAGGUUCGAAAGCGAGAAGAAGCAGUGUGUGAGGCCCUGAAAAGGAAAGACGAGGAGAAAAAGGAGGAAAUUCGCUUUCAAGAAAUUAUGAAGCAAAGAGAGAAGAAACUGAACAAGCAGACUAAACCCUAUGAAAUCACUUCAUUAGAAAAAAAAGAUGACCCGGGAAAGGAAAGUGGGUUCUGUGGGCCGGAAACGACAACAACCAACGGAGCUCAGUGAGCUAAGAGGUUGGAAAGCCUUCUUGGAAUUAACACGAGGCCGUUUUUUAAAAAAAGGCAUUGUUAUCUUGGUAGCAGUUUGUAGUCUUAGUAGUCAUGGUGUAGUCUCACAUUAACAGUCAAC